UGGCCCUUUAGAUGAACAUCUUGUUAGCUAGCAUGGAUAUCGACCAUUGUGACUGAACUGUAGAGGUAAAUACCUGUGCACCGCCGCAGCUCCGUUACGCGGUAUGCGGCUUGAGGGCCAGACAUCGCCGACAUGAACGAGUUACCGAUUGCACCUGUCUCAGGAUAAGGUAUACUAAGGCUAGUGAUAUGUCCAUUGGAUCAACGCCAGGUAAAGUCGCACGACCGCUGGUUUCUAGCAUAAUUUCCACGAAAGAAAAAGGGGUAUUGUUCCGUUUAGCCCUUCUUGCGCCCUUGAUGAAUGCUGUCGCCGUCUCCCAACUCGUCUCCCAACUCCGACACCAAGACAUCAUCAGCAUGUCUACUACUACCUUAUGCUUACCCAUCCAAAGAACCAGAGGACCAAAGUGACAGAAUAGAAUAGCCAGCCUCAAAGGGGGUUCG